AAGCACUUUGCACUGUGUAAUGAAUCGAAACAAAUGUUUCAUUUCCGACAUUUUGUAUAUGUUGUUGCCUAUAUGCAGACAAUGGCUACUUUCAUGCCCUACUGCAACGUUUCUGGCCUUUCACCCCUCGGGACAACAAAAUAUUUUGAGCUUUUACGAACUCUAAGGUAGCCAGCCACCUGCUUAAUCGAGAGAGAGAGAACAAAAAAAAAUCAUAAACAGACGUAUCUGACGGUUGGGAAAUAUGGACAAAGGAAAUGGGAAGCCCACAGAUAGUAGAAACUGAGCAGGGUAGUUUUCAACAGUUGGAGCCUCCCAGUUGCCCUUGUAGUAGGGGUUCUUGAUUUGCUACAAGAAAUCUUAACAACUAUGAAAAAGUUGGGGUGGUUAUAUACACUUUUCUAACAGCGUGAAAAACAAACCUUGGGCUUCCAUUCACCCUAUGUACUCAGGGGUUGGGAAUGGACAGGGCAGUGGAACUCACCAUCUUCUUCAUCCCCCAGUCCUCAAGCUACGAAGAAAUAUCAGCAGAGAUACAGGACAAUUAUAGACAAGGUAGUAGCCGUAACCUUCUUUGAAGCGGUAUCCCAGCUUCUUGAUGUUGUUGUUGCUAUAGCCUCCAUAACUACAAGCAGUGAUCAUGGUCGCCCUGUUGGGAUUCAGUUUUGAAUCUUUCCAUAUGUUUGAGCACGCUUUACCCAUUCCUUACAUGGAGAUUAUCUUUGUCCAUGAUACCAGAUUCUUUCUUUUGGAGAAGUUUUGAAUACUCACCCAUCAAUGAUAGUGUUCCAAGACACUAGGGUUGAUGAGUUCUUCAAAAAGCAAAUACGUUAAAUAAGUCAGGCUAAGUUACUCAGUUUCUAUCAGGCAUUUCGUCGAACAGUUUAUGAGCAUCGCUCGCUCUCCCUCUUUUAUUUAUUUAUUUAUUUAUUUCGUUUGCCUCCUCUUUCUGAUCGCGAAAGAAGUAAAAUAAAAAAAGUUUCUAAAAAUUGAAAUCUAAACCAAAAAAAAAAAAUAAAUACAUGCUCGCUCACUCACAUACACUUUCGCUUAGAGCUCAGCGCAAACAAAUUCUUCACUCAGUCGGCUCUUCGAUGCUUUUCACCAUGAAUCAUUCGAUAUCUCUGUUCAGUCGAUCCCCUCACACUUGUUCAGUCUUCUCCUUUGCUUGCGCCCCAAGUCACUACGUCUUUUUCCUUCAAAUAUCAGCAUGUGUCGAGGAAUCAUAACCUACAGGCUCAACACCUUACGCCAGAUUGCCGAUGGUGUAAUAUUGUCAGAUGAUGACAUAGCUCUACUACGGCAGGCCAUUCGUAAACUCAAGUUGUGGGUUACUCCUCGUGAUGCUCCUGUUGAUGAUAUAGUUCAGACUGGCAUUGUUCCCAGACUUGUGCAGCUUUUCAACGUCGAUGACUUCCCGGAUAGGUUUGAAGCACUUUUAAUACUCGGGUACCUGACUCGCUCCGGGAACACGACUCUGCUUAUCAACAGCAAUGUACUUCCGCUGUUUCUCGGCCAUCUCCACUCUGAUAGGGAUAGGGAGGAACAACGUUUACUGGCUGUUUGGGCAUUGGGUAACAUUGCCAAGUACCCUCAAGGUCUUGCGCAUGUCCUGGACUCUAGUUUCAUGGAGUUUAUUCUGUCUCAAUUCAAUGGGCAUAUAUAUAUAUAUAGUUCCUAUUUUUUAUGUAAACCUCGAAAAUUGAUAAUUCUCAUUAUUAUUGUAGUAAUGAGAGGUUGGUUAAUCACUAUGCUUCUCUGUCCACUUUUCAUAAUAUAAUGCUGGCUCCAGACACACCAUAUCUUCAGGUAAUUAUAUUUAUCAAAACAUAAUUUAUUUUACAGUAAACUUGAUUUUAAUAUUGUUCCCACGUAUUAGAUGGUCAUCGACCAUCAACUCUUACCAAUUUUCGAUGCGCUGCUGAGAAGAACUAAGAAUAUCCACGUGAAGAAGAAGAUGUGCGAGAUAGUUGAGCUUAUUUCAAGAGUGGACACGGACAUGGUGAAGCAAUCAUGCAUUCUUGAGCCGGUAAUUGCACGCUACUCGGAAGCAACGAUACCAAAGUUACAGAGUACGCACUUGGGGUUAUUUGUCCUGUGAUUAUGACUUGUGUUUAUCAAGACUUGAGGGUAUUACUUGUGGAUCAAGGUUGUAUGGAUCUGUUGUGCAAUCUCAUCACCUCUCCCAAAUCACAUAUGGUCUCAGCAUUGGCAAUCUACGCUGUACAAGACAUCUUGGAUUUGGAAAAAAAAGCUGGUGCAGGAGAUGAUUUUUACAAGAGGAUGAUCAUCAAUUUAGGAGUAUUCCGAGAGAUCUCAAAGGUUGUUUGCGCUGGUGCUAUUAAAGAUAAAAGUCUGGCCACGAUAGCUUCAAAUUUAAAUGUGGAAAAUUCUGGUUGGGUUUUGUUUCUUUUAUUUGUUUGAUGGUUUCGCAUAAACAUAAUUGUCUACGGAUUCUGUUUUUUCAAAGCUGAUACAAUUUGGCA